GUCUGCAACGCGUGACACGCGGCAAAUUACUAAAGAGUAGUAAUAAAAUAAAGAAAAGGAAAGCGAUAUACGUGUGCAAGUAGUAGGUCUUGGAAACACUGGGAGCUUGAGGUUUGCCGCCUAUAUAAAGAGAUUUAUACAUGUAUGGUGUCUCUCAGUUCCAACACCAUUUUCUAAGAGAUAAUAAGUGAGAGACUUCUAGAUUUCCGGCGAAAAUUAUUAUUAAAAUUUCUUAUUAUCAGAGAUUAUGAUUUCUGUUGUUAUAAUCACUGAGCUACUGGUAGAGUACACGACUGCACUAGCGAAACUCACCGCCGGGAUUCUUCCUAGACGGCGAGGAGACAGUGACGUUAUAAGGAUUGGUGGUUUCUCUUUGCGUUUUCCUUCUAGAUCGACACCUGUUCCAGAUUUCUCUUCUCAUCUGGUUGAUUUCUGAUCUGCGCAAAACCAACUUUCUCAGAUCUUAAUUUUGUGUGUUUCUCCGGAGCUUUCUAGGUGAUUGUGGCUUUGUUUUGAAGAAACUUCUCUAGAUUUUGUGUUGAUUACUUGAUCAGAGCUUUGUAUAAUUGUAUCGAGUUAUUACUAGAGACUAUUUUGAUUAAUCUUCCAGCGUUUCUAAAUUUUGAGAUUUCAAUCUUUUGUAUCUGUAGAGAACGUGAUGAAGAGAUGAUGUUUUUUUGGCUU